AUGACUUACAACAAACGGCGAGUUACCAAACCCGUGUACGUUGGCGGUGUGAAAGUUGGCGGUGGCGCCGACGUUACCGUCCAGUCCAUGACUAAAACCGACACCCGCGACGUGAAGGCCACCGUGCGCCAGAUUCACGAGCUGGAAGAGGCGGGUUGCGAAAUCAUCCGGUCGGCGGUGCCCGACAUGGAAGCCGCCCAGGCAAUGGCCGAGAUCAAGAAGCAGAUUCACAUUCCCCUGAUUGCCGAUAUCCACUUCCAUUACCAGCUGGCCCUGGAGUGCGCCGCCGGCGGCGUGGACUGCCUGCGACUCAAUCCGGGCAACCUGCGCAACGAAGACCAGGUGCGCGAGGUGGUGCAGUCGGCCAAGCAGCGCAACAUCCCCAUCCGCAUCGGCGUCAAUUUCGGCAGCCUCCCUCCAGUGGGCGGUAUCGGACGCACCCGCGGCUUCUCCCGCCACAUGGACCUGGUGAACCGUCUGCCCAAGGCCGGCGAAGCGCAAUCGGGCGACUACAGCGUAGUGGACCACAUGGUGGCCACCGCCCUGUGGGAGAUCAGCCUGCUGGAGCAACAGGAUUUCGACCAGAUCAAGAUUUCCAUGAAGGCCUUUGACGUGCCGACUACUGUUGAAGCUUACCGCCGCCUGGGUGAAAUGGUGCCCUACCCUCUGCACCUCGGUAUCACCGAGGCCGGCACCGUGCAGUCCGGCUCCAUCCGCACGGCCGUUGGCCUGGGUGUGCUGCUUUACGAGGGCAUAGGCGAUACGAUCCGCGUGUCCCUGAGCGGCGACAGCGUGGAAGAGGUUACCGCCGGUUACGAGAUUCUGAAGUCCCUGAACCUGCGGGACAAGGGCACGACGCUGGUUGCCUGCCCCAGUUGCGGCCGCGCCGACGUGGACGUGGUGAAGCUGGCCAACGACGUGGACGCGCUCCUCAAGCGCAGCGACAAGAAAAUUAAGGUGGCCGUCAUGGGCUGCGAGGUGAACGGCCCCGGUGAGGCCAAAGACGCCGACGUAGGGAUUGCCGCCGGCGCUGGCCGGGCCAUCAUUUUCCGCAAGGGCGAGAAGGUGCGCGUGGUUCCGGAAGCCGAGAUGCUGACCGCUCUGAUGGAGGAGAUUGAGAAUACGCCGGUAUAA